UGAAUUUUAAAAAUUUGUGAAAUAAAAACUUAUCAAUUUUCGAUAGAAACAUUAUUUAUUUUAUUUCCGAAAUACAACUAUUAGUUUUCAAUAAAAGUCACUUAAUUUAUCUAACUAGGGCAUUCUUUUGUAUUAAAAAAUUAAAAUUGGGAUCAUUCGUCCAACUUCAUAAGGUUAAAUAAAUUUUAAUAGAGACAACUAGGAAUUUUAUUGAUGGCUUUAUUAAGAUUAAAUAAUCAAGGAGCUGAAUAUGAUAAUCCUGUAAUUGAGUCAGCAAAGCCAGCUGUCAAUAUUUCAGUGAGGUUAUCUACUGCAAAUAUUUCCAUAUUUCAACUAAAUGAUAACCCAUACAAACCAAGUCUAUUACGACAAACAUUUUCAGAAGAAUCCAAACUAUGUACUGUUGAAAGUAAUAACUACACAGGGCAUAUUCCAAUUUUCAGUAGUACAUUUAAUCAGCCAAAUUCUUCUUAUCAUGUGGUAAUUGAACCUUUAUUAGGAAUUAAUGAGAAAACUUGGAUGUUGUCAGGUCUGUUUAAGACAGGACAACAUUCAGAUUCAAUUACAGGGUUAUGCACAAUAUUUUCAGCCAUUGACAUACUAGCAAUAAAUACUUUGACAUCAAAUUUAUUUGGUCUCAAAGUAUUUUCAGCUCUAUUAUCAUAAAGAUCAUACUUUGUGGUAUAUCUUUGUUGAAGAUAUACCACAAUUGAUUAUUCAGAUAUUGUAUUUUAAUAGUGUUGUAACAUAUGAUCUUAUUCCAUCACUUGUACUUAUAUCUGGUGG